GAUGGAGUCGAAGAGUGCAUCAGGAAUAGAGUGAGGGGUAAAUUUUAUCGCACAACAAUUAGACCUAUAUUAAUGUAUGACGUAGAGUAUUGGGCAGUGUCACAUUCAUAAGAUCAGUGUGACAGAGAUGUGUAUGUUGCGUUGGAUGUGUGGAAAUAUCAUAAAAGACAGUUUGAGGAAUGAGAUGAUCAGACAAAAAGUGAGAGUAGCAGCUAUAGAAGUGAUAGGGUAUUAAUUCUAGAGAGAAGUGAGAGCUAGAGAGAAAGUGAGUAAUUAUAUUUCUCAACUUGGAACCCCCAUAAUUAGCCCUUUGGGGUCUAUUUAUAGGUAAAAAUGUGGAUUUGGGCUCCUAGCCUUGGGCUUAGGAGGCCCAUUACAAUAAUCAUGCCUUCUUUGGGCGAAAUAAGGCCACUAAUGGGCUGUGUACAAUACUUAGUAAAUACAAUGAAAAAUACAUUCUGCCUGGACGAAGUCCGGACGAUGCGGUCCAUGGACGAUGCGGACCCGGACGAUGCGGUCCUGGACGAUGCGGAUUCUGGGCUUCACCCAAAGAAUCCGGGUGAUAUCUUCUUCUGUGGACGUCGCGUGCCUUUGGCCGAUGCGGGUGUCCCGCUGGUGUCUUUUGGGUCGUUGAGUAUGUGGGCCAUGGGGUCCAGGCCCAUAUACUCUAUCAGGAGUCCCCCACUCUCUGAGCUGAGAUGUAGACGAAGCGAAAGGGAGUAUCCUUGCCUUUGUUCCUAUGCCGUAGAGGUUUUCUGUGUUCUGAUCCAUUUUCUUGACGUUGCGUUUCUUCUAAGGAAUUUUGAACGUUGCGAUACCUUUCUUAUCCUUGUGCGGUCAAGCUCUGAGUGGUGUUUUUGAUUCUUGAGACGAAGCGUUGCACCGCGUAUUUGUGCGAAGCUUUAGUAGCUGAUGCGCAACUAUGUGAUGUCUCUGGACGUUGCGGUUCCUUGGGACAAUCUUCAUUUGUUUUGUUGAAGCUUUAGUAACCGAAGCUUGUCUAAGUUUCUCUGCCUGAUUGGAGCCGCUGUGUCCCGUUUUUCCCUUUUCUUUAGCCGAUGCGAUCCUCCUGUAUUGGUGGACGUAGUAGUACUGCUAACGAAUAAGCCGUUGCGCGCUGCUCUAUGUUGUGUAGUUGAUUUAGGGAUUUUAUAGCCGACACAAUCCUUAGUACUUUGAUGGUAAGCCGAUGCGAUCCUCAGUGCAUUUGAGGCAAGUUGUGCCUUUUGUUAUUGGCGAGCCGUAGCGCACCCUCUUUGCAUUAAGGCCGUUGCGUUUCUUUUCUCGUAGCCGAUACAGUCCCCCACUCCUUUGGCCGAAGAGUAUCUGAGGCACAAGGGAGUAAUGAGCCGAUGCGGUACCUAUGCGUUAGUCGCGACUCCAACCCUUAGGCGAACCUGUCCAAGGUAACCCUGUGGGAGAACCCUUGGACGAAGGCCGCAAUGCCAGGGUUAUCAUCGACGAUGCGCGCACAAGCGGCCGUAGCGGUCUAUUAAGGUUCUUUGGGUUGUUGUGAGGACGUGGAGUUUAGGUCGAUGCGUUCCUUUUUCGGAAGUAUGGGCCAAUGCUUGCUUUGGAGCUUUGUAGUAAUUGGGCCGUAGUGGUACUCGGCCGAUGCCCUGCUCCUUGUAAGGUUGAGUUGGGCCGUAGGGGUGCUUGCAUGAGUGAUUUUGAAUUGGUACCCCUUGAUAGGUUGGAGACUUGGAGGAGAGGUGGCCGUUGGUGGAGCCAAUGGGAUGGCGCCACGUGUAGUGACCGUUGGAAGGUCCCUAUAAAUACCUCCUAGCCCCGAAGCCGUUUCCUUAUUUGCAUUUGCUAAGUGUCGAAUUGCUGUUGAGAUUUCUAGAGAGAGAAGUGCUUCCCAGAAUCUUCCAAGUGUUUCUUCAAAUCUUCAAAUCUUAAAAGGUUAGACACUCUAAUUUUCCUUUGAUUUCUUCAUAUUUUGCUCCUUAGGGUGUUAGAUCUAGUGUUCUUUAGGAAAGUCACUUUGAUCCGAAAACUACCCUUAGGACGUAGCGAUAGUUGUUAUGCCGUUCCCUGACGGCUGUCGUGUUCCCUCCCCCGUUGACUUAACAGCUUCAUUGGACGAGUCUGAUUGGCCUUUUGACGACGAGGACACAUCCCCCGGGGUUGAUCUAAGAGUGGUGGAGGCUUUCAAGAUUGAGAUGGAGAACACUGCGGAUUACCGCACCUCUGUGGACGAGGAGCGUCUAAGUGCCGAUGCGGGUUCUCAACCCUCUGGUGAGGACGAAGCGAGCUCCGACCCUAAAUUCCGUGGCGACGAUGCGGGUGAUGCAUCCUCGACCGCUAUUCCUUGCCCUCCCCCAAUUACUUCGGUCCCUGGUAUCGCUCCGUCUUCCUCCAAUCCCAAGAAGCGUAAGUCGCGUCGUCGGAAGGGGUUAUCCAGUAGUCUUUCGCAGCUGGAUUUGAUGAACCUUUAUAUCAUAAGGCCGGAGGGUUCCCAAAGUGAAUAUCAGGUGGCACAGCUCUACGUCGGGCCUUAUGGGAGGGUUAGGGCAACGAAGCCGACGAACCAUGUUCUGGAUCCACCUCCCGGUUACUUCGGAGUGUAUCCGAUGAGCUUCUCCCAGGGUUUAAAGUUCCCCCUUCAUCCAUUCGUCGUGGAGUAUCUCAACAUGAUAGACCUUCCACCUGCCUUAUUAACUCCGAACAGCUAUUCUCUUAUUGUCGGGUUCCUCCUCCGAUGCGAUGAGCUUGGGAUUGAGCCAACGACGGCGUUGUUCACAAACUUAUACCGGAUCGGCCGGGGCAGCCACGAGAACUGUGCUGGGUAUGCGGCCCUCCAGCAGUUGCCAAAGAAGAGAUCUUUUACUGACCUCCCGUCGUCCAUUCAUGGGUGGAAGAGUAAGUUUUGUUUUGUGAAACUGGCCGAUGGGGUGUUCUUCCCCUCCCAAGGGCACAACAGCAUUUUUAAUUUGCACAACCCACCAAAGAGCCCUGAGAUUGAUGCUCAAGUGGAGGCGUUCCUGAAGGGUGGGCCGCGGAGCGUCAACACUUACAUCACCGAGUUUAAGAUAGCCGCUCUCGGGAUGAUGCAAUACUACAUUCUCGGCGACCCUGAUUGCGGAUUAUGGCCGAAGAUAUCUGGCUAUUUUGAGCAGGCCGACGGGCCCUAUUUUGGUGUUCGGGCCGAUGCCGAAGGUUGAUUCCUUUCCUUGGGCUUCAUUAUGUUUUGCUUUGCUUGUUUCUCUAACUUUUUUUUUUUUUUGCAUCUGCAGAUUUCACCAUGAGCCGUAAGUUGUUCAUGACCCAGGCCAAGAAGAUGGUAGACAAAGAGAUGCAGGCUGCGCAGCAAGCCGAAGCGUCCAAGAGCUCGGCUGACGGUGCGAAGGAAAAAGCCGAUGCGGCGAAAAAACCGCCGGUGAAGAGAAAGAAGAAGCCGGAAGAGGGCCAGCAGACUUUGGCCGAGGUGGGAUUGAAGGCGGCCCAAGGGCCAAGAAGACGAAGCAAAACCCCGCCUCUAGUGGUGCUGCUGCGGACGUUUCGCGGGCUGCUGUAGCGGGGGGAAAUGUUCCUGAUGUUCAGGUGAUCGAAGAUCUGACUCUGAACGAGGCGUCGGCUUCCCUUGUCCCUACGUCUCUGAAUCCUGGCAAGAAUGUCCAGGCAAGCUCCCGAGGUGGUCGCGACUUGGCCUCCGGACUGUAUGAGGUGACGGUCCGGUACCCGACGAAGGGCGGGUUAUUCAACGAGAGGGUCUCCGGCCACGACGUCUUGUUUCAGGCCAUUCCUGAUGAGGAUAGGGCGUAUCUACGCCGGCAAGGCAAGGAAGUACGCCUUUUUGAUGGUGGAUUGGACUACGUCGUCCAAGUAAGUAUAUGAUUUUGUACUUAACUUUUCUCGCCUUGCUUUCUUUUUCUGAUUCUUUAGUUCUUUCUUUACAGGGUGCCUUGAUGCUGAUGGAACAGCACCGCCGGCAAGAGGAGGAGAUUUCUCGCCUCCGGGAAGCCGAGAAGAAGGUUGCCUCAGCGGACGAAGUGCUCACUUCCUUGGAGCAGCUUCGCACCGAGACCGGAUCUUUGAAGGAUAGGGUCGACGCGGCAGAGAAGAGAGCUGCUGCUGCUGAGGAUGUGGUGAGGCAGCUCCAGAAUAAACUUGACGAAGAGGCCGCUGCUCGUCGGUUGGCAGAAGAGAAGGCCGAGGAGGCUAUGAAGCUCAAAGCUCAAGCCGAGGAGGCGGCCGAGAAAGCCAUUGACCUCUUCAUGGCCGAUGGGUGGAAGGACGACGCCCAUCGGGACUUUUGCUUCAAGGUUGUGGCUGAUCGCUUCCAGGCUUGGUCGCAAGAAGAUCCGGCCGGUCAAUCUUUUUGGAAGCAAGAGAUGGAGGUCUUCUAUGACCUUGGGCAGCGGCGUAUGCAAAUGCUGAUCUACCGGAGGCUUCGCCGACGCGUCAAGAAUCUGAGGCCACAGGGUAUCAGCCUUCCCAGGCUGAUGAAGGACUCUGAGGAGGAGUUGAAACUCCCCUUGGCCGAAAGGCAGCGUCCCAUUUUGAGCUCUGAUGAAGAAAAAGAGCCUUGGACUGAAAGCGAUGACUACCUUUUCCGGAGCUCUACCAAGUCAAAAACCGCCGAAGAUGUCGAGGACGACGCCGACAGUGGGGCCGUUGAGGGUGGCCAAGGACAAGCUGUUUAAUGUUUUCUUGUACUUGCGUUUCUUUUUAAGUUGUAGUCUCAAUGGCCGAAGCGCCCUGAUGUAUGUAAUGGCCGAAGCGCCCCCUUUGUGUAUUUUGAAUCAUUAAUUAAUGAACUCCUUUUGUCUCAGUAUAGAUGUGUAUUGUCGCUUCGUCCAUUUAGUAAUGCGUGCUUCUACUUUGAAAAUUUUUCCAGUGUCAAGAUUUUGUCUUGGAGGAUGUUGACGUCCACUCAUCAGGACGUAGUGGUCCUUUCUUCAUUUGUUGUCACCGGGGACGAUGCACCUCGUCGUCUCUUGGUGUGCCGCUUUUGUCUUGAACAACUUUUCUGAAAUUUCCUCAAGUACCAGGAAUUUGGUCUUGAAGUGUUGAACAUGCUGCGGUUGUUUGAGAUGAAGCGUUCCUCUGAUGUUUCAAGAGAUAUGCCUCCCUCAUCGGAGACGAUGCGGUUUGAUGGUGUAGUAUGUUUAGACGAAGCACGCACCCUUGAUUGUGAUUCGGGACGAGGCGCACCUUUUUGGAUAUGUUUCGGAAUUUGUCAAGUGCUCAAUCUUUCCUAUGGUGCGACGCUGCGUCCCUUGCGUGUGGCCGCACCGGCUGGAGCUCUGUGUAAAUGAAUAGAACCUCCAAGGUUUUUCUCAAGUAUAGGGAAUUGUCCCGAAGUGUUGAAGAUGUAGCGACGCGCAUCGUCUUUGCAGUAAUGUGACUUAGAAAAUUUUCUAAGUGUCAAACUCGCCUUGAUGGAGGUGUUUUUCUUUGGCUCAUCACUUGGGUUCUGUCACUUGGAGACGAUGUAACCCAUCGUCCGAGCAAUAGAAUGUGGUUUCGUGUAAUUGAAACCGGAGUGGUUCCAUUUUACGAAGUUGUGGUUGAGGCCGAAGCGCUUUCUCCGGAUUCCUGUAUGGUGAAAACCUGAUAUGUACUUAGCCGAUUUUGAGGCUUGGUUUUUGUGGGGAUUUUAUUUUAUGCUCGAGGCUGGCGAGUGCGCGGUCCGUCGGCUUCCCUCUUUUUUUUUUUUUUGAAGCGGCCGGAGGGUUACUGUCCCUUCGUCCGUGUGCGGUAGUUUGUCCGCUACGCUUUGCGCGUGAAUUAGUGCGAGGGAGUAAAUACGCCCUCGGCUUGGUAUGUCAGUGGCAUCUUUUUUGGCCUUUCCACGUCUAUCGUCGACGAGGGACCGGACUAGGCAUCGUCUUUUGACGGCCGCCCUUUGUGGUCCUGAGCGAAAUUUUACUGACGGGUGGAGUUUUUGUAACCUCGGCCUUAAUUCAGGCUUGUCGUCCUGCGGUUUCCGCGCGGACGACGCGGUAUGCUUCUCCGUUUGAAGACGUCGGACCAUGCACACAGGUCCUUCGUCCUGCAUAUCGUCGGCCGAUUUGGGUGUUUCACCGCUUGUGCCGAUACGAUAUUUGGGUGCGUUGUCUAUGCAACAGCUUUGUAGGCGCGUUGCGGAUCGCGACGGCCUUAGGUGCGUUGUGUAUUGCAACGGCUUUGGGUGCGUCGUUUAUUGCGACGGCUUUGGGUGCGUUGUUUAUUGCAACGGCUUUGGGCGCGUCGUUUAUUGUGACGGCUUUAGGUGCGUUGUCUAUUGCAAUGGCUUUAAGGGCGUUGUUUAUUGCAACGGCUUUGGGUGCGUCGUUUAUUGCGACGGCUUUAGGUGCGUCGUUUAUUGCGACGGCUUUAGGUCGCAUCGGUCUUGGGUGUUAUCACCGCUUAGGCCGAUGCGAUUUUUAGCUCUUUGAAAGAAUGGAUUGAAACAUGAUCUUUAUUCAAUAAGUGGCGCUAGGCCGAGGGUGUUUCAUUCAACCAAUAAGCCGAGGGGUGGGGGACGUUGCCCGCUUCACCACUUCUCGAGUCAUUGGUAAAAUUUCACCAGGGGGUGUACAUUCCACAAUCGUGGUACAUCUGAUCCAUUAAUAUUCUUCAGUCUGUAGGUGCCAACUUUGAUGACAGCGCUGAUGAUGUAGGGCCCUUCAUAUUUGAGGGCGAGCUUUCCUCCUUCCGUCGGCUUGCUCGCUUCCCUUCGGCGGAGGACGUAGUCCCCCACCUGGAAUUCGCGGGAGCGGACCUUGACGUCGUAAUAGGAUUUGACUUGCCGUCUGUAGUUCUCCGCUCUGAGGUAGGCCAUCUCCCGCCUUUCGUCGAUGAGGUGCAAGUCCAUCUUCAUGGCUUCUUCAUUAGCUUCGGGGUCGUAUUGUGUGACCCGUCGGCUGGGGAGGGUGACUUCAGUGGGAGCCUUGGCUUCGAAGCCGUAGCACAAAGAGAAUGGUGUCUCCUCGGUGGCCCUCCUUGGAGUAGUUCGGUAGGACCAUAGGACGUUGGGGAGCUCGUCGACCCAACUUCCGCCUUCUUCUUCAAGCUUCUUCUUUAGCCCCUCCAAGAUGGUUCUAUUGGCGUUCUCAACUUGCCCGUUGGCCUGAGGGUAGGCGACAGAGGAGAAACGAUGUUUGAUGCCCCAUUCUUGAAGGAGGCUUUGGAACGGUUCGGCCUCAAAUUGGGUGCCGUUGUCUGAUAUGAUCUCCUGAGGCACACCGAAGCGGGUAAGGAUGUUCUUGUAGAUGAACUUUCGACACCGCGCUCCGGUGAUGCUUGCGAGUGGUUCGGCCUCGACCCAUUUGGUGAAGUAGUCGAUGGCGACGAUGAUGUAUCUGUUGUUGCCUGCAGCUCUAGGUAGCGGGCCGACGAGGUCGAUGCCCCAUCUGGAAAAUGGAAUGGCAGUGCUGAUCGGGGCGUAGUUGACGGCUGCAUUUGCGGGCGACUUCCGCACAAUCGCGUGCCAUGGUCGGCCAAAAGUAGCCUUGGACGACGAGGCGGCGCGACAUGCUGAAGGGUCCCUGGUGUGAUGAGCAUACACCGCAGUAGACUUCUUCCAUGGCCACUUCGGCCUCAUUCUGGUGGAGGCACCGGAGGAGUGUGCCAUUGUAUGAUCUCUUGUAGAGCUUGUCACCCUCAAUGACAUAGCUAGGGGCCCUGAGCUUGGCUAGUUUGGCCCUCUCCUCGUCUUCUGGUAACGUGCCGGAGGUGAUGUAGGUUGCGAUGUCAGUGAUCUAGUCCUCUGGCUGGUGUUGUAUGAAGAGUAUAGGGCUAGCGUGAAUGCUUGACAUGCUCAACUCCUCCACCUUCGCUAUCUUGGAGAUGUGCUCAGGGGUGUUGGAGCUGAGUUUGGAGAGUAUGUCGGCCUCGGCGUUCUCCGCCCUUGGGAUCUGAGUGAUCUCGUAGGUAUCGAACGCCUUGAGCAAUUCCGCAGCGGCCUCCUUGUAUUGCUUCAUUCUCCCCUCUUUGGCCUCGUAGGAGCCCUCCAUCUGGUUCACUACGAGUUUGGAGUCGCAUUUGAUUCUGAUGUGGCAUGCUUUGAGGCCAGCGGCUAGUCUGACCCCACUGAGGAGCGCUUCGUACUCAGCCUCAUUGUUGGAUACUUUGAAAUUGAAGCGGAUGGCAUAGUAUGCUCUGAAACCUUCCGGGGAGAUGAGGACGACGCCACCCCCACAUGCCUUGUUGGCCGAUGACCCAUCCGUGAAGAGGGUCUAGGCUUCAUCUGGUUCAUGGUCGGUGGUGGUGACGGCCGUCUCCCUCACUGUGCAUUCCGUGACAAAGUUAGCCAAGGCUUGCCCUUUGAUAGAUGGCCUCGGCUUGAUCUCAAUCUGGUAAUGGCUCAAGAAUAUUGCCCAUUUGAUCAUCCUUGGAGAGCUGGUUGGGCUUCUCAUUAGGGCGCCCAACGGCUGAUGCGUGAGGACAUGGACGGGGUGAGCUUGGAAAUAGUGUCCAAGCUUCUUCACCGUGUGGACGAUGGCCAGCACCGUCUUCUCAAUGGGGGAGUACCUGAGCUCGGCCUCCCGCAACGUCUUGCUGACGUAGAAUAUAGCCUUUUGCACCCCGUCAUCCUCCCUGAUGAGCACAGAGCUAAUGGUCGACGUACUCACCCCCAAGUAGAGGAAGAGAGUCUCGCCGGGUUGGGGCUUAGAUAGGACGGGUGGGGAAGCGAUAUAUUGUUUCAGCUCUUCAAAGGCCUGUUGGCACUCCGUCGUCCAUUUGAAGCUGGUGGCCUUCCUCACUAUUUGGAAGAAGGGGAGCGACUUCUCCGCGGAUUUUGAGAGAAAACGGUUCAGGGCCGCGAGGUGUCCCGUCAGCCGUUGCACCUCCUUUAUGUUGCGGGGCGGCUCCAUGUUGAUAAUGGCUUGUAUCUUCUCUGGGUUUACUUCAAUGCCCCUUCGGCUGACCAGGUACCCCAGAAAUUUACCUCCCUGGACGCCGAAGGUGCACUUCUUUGGGUUGAGCCGGAGGUUGUAUUUCUUCAUGAUUUCGAAGAUGCCCCGAAGGUCGUCGGCAUGUGUUGUGGAUUGUUUGCUCUUGACGAUCAUGUCGUCGACGUAUGCUUCCAUCGUCCGGCCUAGGACUGCUCUAAAAAUCCGGGCUACCAUUCUUGUAUAAGUGGCGCCGGAAUUUUUGAGCCCGAAGGCCAUGAUGAAGUAGCAGAAAAUUCCCUCCGGGGUCAUGAAGGCAGUCUUCUCUGCGUCAUUUUCAUGCAUGGAUAUCUGGUGGUACCCUCUGAACGCGUCGAGGAACGACAUCAACUCGCACCCUGCCGUCUCGUCCACCAACUGAUCAAUGUUGGGGAGAGGGAAUGGGUCCAUUGGGCACGCCUUGUUCAGGUCAGUGUAAUCAACACACAUCCUGAACGUAGGCGGCUUUGGGGCGAGGACGACGUUCGCCAACCAUGUGGGGUACUUCACCUCUUUGAUGUGCUUGAUGUUGAGCAGCAUGGCCACUUCGGCCUUGACAAAUUCCCUCCUGUCGGCUGAGAGGUAGCGCUUCUUCUGUCUGAUGGGGGAGGAGGCCGGGUUCACCGAUAGCCGAUGUGUGAUUACCUUCGGACUGAUGCCCGGCAUGUCCUCUGGUCCCCAUGCAAAGAUGAUGGCGUACGCUCUCAGGACAGAGAGGAUGUCCCUUCGGAUAUCUUGGGGGAGCUGGGUCCCGAUCUUCAGCAUGCGUUCCGGCCGAGAGACGUCCAAUGGAACCUCUUCCACGUCUCCGACCGGUUCGGCCUUUGGUGUGUCUUCUUCGACCGAGGCGGUGGUGAUAGUAUCUAUCCGCUCCUCGGCCUCGUUAAUCUUCCUUGUGAGCUUGAGGUAGCAAACCCUGGCUAUCUUCUGGUUUCCUCUGGCGUAGCCUACGCCGUCCUUGGUGGGAAACUUGAGGCAUAGAUGUUUCAUAGAGAUGAUGGCCUCAAGGUCCUCCAAGGCCGGUCGGCCCCAGAUCAUGUUAUGGGCGUUGUCCAGGUUAACGACCACAAACUCCAUGUUUAUCUUCGCCUGAUAGGUACCGUCACCGACCACAACGGGAAGCACUAUCGUGCCCUCGGCGUCGAUAGAGUCCCCGGUGAAGCCGGAUAAUGGAGUCCGUAUCGGUCGGAGCUCGGUCUUCUUCAGCUUCAGCUGUCUGAAUGUAUCAACGUACAUCACAUUGACGGAGCUGCCAGUGUCGACGUAGUUGCGGUGGAUGAUGUUGUUGCCAAUCUCGCACUUGACGACGAGGGCGUCCCUGUGGGGCAAAGGGCCGAAGGGGAGGUCCUUGUCAGUGAAGGUGAUGGCCUCCACAUGCCGUCGCUUCGGCUGAGGGGGGCGUGGGACACCUCACCAACGUAUAGGGACUGAGCCCAUUUUUUCUGUUGGGUAGCCGAGUCCCCCCCUGUGUUUCCGCCGACGAUGAUAUGGAUGUGAUGCUUCUUCUGGCGGGGUUCCUCUUCUUCCUCGCCUUCACUGAGGGCGCCGAUCUCCCUCUUUUUCCCGGAGGAUCCUUCCCCCCUUUUGCCAGGGUUAACCCAAGUGUUACUCUUGGGGGCACCCUUGACAAAUUUGGAAAGUUCCCCCUGUCGGACGAGGCCGUCGAUGUGCCUCUUCUGAGUGGUGCAGUCAUCGGUCUUGUGGGAUGUCUGGCGGUGGUACUUGCAGUAUGUCCCUCCUUUGUGGAUUGCAAAUAUCUCCUCCUCUGAUCUGGGGUCCUUCACAAUGAGGCCCUAAGCCUCAGCGUGGUCAAGGACGACGCUCACCGGGUGGGUGAGGGGAUGCGUUGUGCCUCCAACUUUGGACGCCAUGAACGAUCCUCUCUUCGUUGUCCGCCUGGCUCCUGGUGUGCCUUCUUCUGCUGGUUCUGUCCCUUGUUGGCUGGCGCAUGGUGGGGGUUGGACGAGGAGUCCUUCUUUUGUUGCUUCUCCCCACCCUUCUUCUGGCUCAGGAGCUCGUCGGCAUCAGCGUGCCUGUCUCUGCGUCGGAGCGUCGCGAGGUAUGACCGCGGGGGCUCCGUGAACAGACUUCAGGCAAAGUGGCUCGGCCGAAGUGCUCCGCGGAGGAAGGCCAGGAGGGUGCAUUCAUCGGCUCCUUCGCACUCGUCUGCCUCCCUCGUCUAGCGAUCAAGGAAGGCUCGGAGCGUCUCCUCUGAUUGUUGCUUGAUGGUCAGGAGAUGAGCAAAAUGCUUCUUCGCAUGCUUCCUCCCAGCAAAGUGGGUGAGGAAGCGCUGAGCUAGGUCCUGCCAUGAGUCAAUGCUCCCUUCCGGAAGGUUGUUGAACCAAUCGUACGCUGGUCCUUCCAAGGUGGAGAGGAACCAGCGGCACAUGUAUUCCUCCGAAGCGUUGGUCAUCAUCAUGUUGUUCUGAUAGCGGGUGAAGUGCUCCUGGGGAUCAGUGCGGCCGUCAUAUGGCUUGAUCGGAUUCCCCUUGUACUUCUCUGGGAUGGGGGCGGAGAGCACCCUCGCAGAGAAAGGGGUCCUAGUCCGUAUUUGGAUGACAGGCUCGUCGCGUCGGUCGGCCAACUCCCUCUCUAGGGCACUGACCUUACUCAGAAGUGCAUCGUAAUUGGGAUGCUGGGAGGUAAGGGCCGCUGCGCGCCCUGCGGCCUCCCGGGCCUCCAUGUCAGCGAGGCGUCUCUCGAGACGGGCAAUGAUCUCGUCCCUGGGAUCCCUGGUGGCCGCAGCGCCACCUAGUGGAGUUUGGAUCCGGGCUGUGUGGGCCUGGUUGAUCUGGUGACGCGCAUCAUCGUCAUCCAGCUUUCCUUUGCCUUUGUCUGGUCGGGGCCGAUCCGUUGUCCGGGAAACGGACCCGAAGCUUUCCUUUGGUGAUCCUGGCUCGCGACCACCCAACAGAUCCGCAACCCUUCCCGUAGGUACCCGACGGCUCGCGAUGUCACCCAGCCUGUUAAAG